AAUGAAGUAUCUCACCUCCAUCUAUGCUUCCAGCAGUCCUUAUAGAUUAAUAUCUAGUCUCUGUGGCAAAGGUGAGAAGAUGUUUAAUGCAUGGUAUUCUUUCCUGCUCUGUUGGCUGUCCUUGCGGAUUGAGGCUAAUCCUGGUCUUAAAGUGAGGAUUACCGAGAAGGGUCUGGACUAUGGCAGGAAGAUUGGAAUGGAACUCCUGAAGCAAGCAGUAUUGAAAGAGACCUUUCCAAGCUGGAGUGGGCAGGAGAAUUUCUCAGUUGUUACAGUCAGCUAUGUAAUUUCAAGGCUCAGAAUUAACUCUGUAGAUUUCCCAGAAACUUCUGCCUCGUUUAUUCCUGGCACUGGCAUUAGUCUGUCAGUGGCACAUGCUUCUGCUACAAUCAGUGCAGACUGGAGAAUGAACACAUGGCUGCUGAAUGACCAUGGAGGAAUUACUGUCUCCAUCUCAGGACUAUUUAUUACAAUUGUCUUCAAAGUGUCAAGGGAUAGCGCAGGCCGCUUGACCACUUUGCUAGACGACUGCCAGCUGAGCAUUAAUAGUGUAAAAGUUGAGUUAAAUGGAGGAUCUAGCUGGAUCUACAGCUUUCUAUCUGGUUAUCUUGAGAAGCCCAUUCACAGCAAACUGGAUCAAAAUCUGUGCCAAAACAUCAAGUACAAAAUCCAGAUGAUGGACGCACAUAUAAGACAGCAGAAGGUCUUAACCCAGAUUGAUGCCUUUGCACAAAUAGACUAUUCCCUAGUUAGUUCUCCAGCUGUCUUCAAAUCACACAUUAACUUGGAUUUGAAGGGCACAGUUUAUCCAGUAGGAAACCACACAGACCCUCCCUUUGUGCCAGCUCCAUUUGCUCUCCCAAACCAGGAUGAUUCCAUGGUAUAUCUGGGAGUCUCCAGUUAUUUUCUUAAGUCUGCUUCACUGGCUUACUACAGAGCAGGGGCCUUUAGCAUCACCAUCUCUGAAGAGCUUGCUACUACUUUGAACCUAAAUAUUGGCUUGUUCAAAGACUUUGUUCCUGAGAUUGCUCUGAGUUACAUAAUAUCAUGCCCAGUGCUGCUGAAGCUGAUGGCUACAUCACCGCCUGCAGUCAGUUUAAAUGCAGACAAAUGCAUCCUACAGAUCACUGGCUGUGUAGAAGUGUUUGCUGUUCUGCCAAAUUCAACCACCCAGUACAUCUUUGCAGGGAAUCUAACAGCCAGUACCAGAGCCAAUUUGACAAUAAGCAAACAGAAGUUGAUUAUCUCAUUACUUCUGAAGAGGCUCCAGUUCUCCCUACUGCACUCCAGUCUUCGCUCCUCUGAGCGUAUGUCACUGGUGGAGAAUUUUCUGUCUUAUGCUUUAUGGAAUACAGUGAUCCCAGUAAUCAAUGAUAAACUAGGAAAAGGAUUUCCUCUUAACUUGGCCCAUACUAUCCUGACUGGACCUGUAAUAAAAAUGAAUCAGGAUCAUCUGGUGAUUUCCACUGAUGUUCAAUACAAACAUGAGGAAAAGAGAGAUGAAGACUUUCACAGCCACUCCUUUUAAACAUAAUGAGAGAAAAAUGUAGUCUCUCUUCUGUUGGCUUGUAGGGAGUACAUGCUUUAAUUGUACAACCUUGGCUCUGCUAACUUUUGAUGACAGUUUUAGCUAAACUGCUGGUACUCUGUUAGAAGAACCAUAAAGCAUGAAAAGAAUAUGAUGAGGAUAAGCUGAGGUAGUAAAUGUUGGAGGUCUAUAUGGAUGGAAACAGUGGAGCUUUUCAAUGAUUUGAAGGAAUUGCAGAAUUUAUGCAAAAAAAAAUUAAAGGAGAGGUUUCUGUAACUGAGGAUGUGAUUUUUAUUCAUCCUCAGUUGCCAGGGACACAAAUAAUGAAAUUAUUAUUAUACCUGUGACUCCCUGCCAUGAAUGUGAAAUCUGUGUAAAGUUUGAGUCUUUGUUGACUGACUGACAAAUGUCUCUACCCUUUUCUAUUCAUGGAUUGCACAAUGAAGUGACUCAGAUUGUCCAGCAAAGUGCUCCAUGCCUGGAGGAAUUUUCUUGGUUUAAAUGCAAGCUAAUUGAUUAAAUCACCUCUUUGACAAGCCCAGUAGUUCUGGUUAACUCAAGUACUGGUCAACUGCAUAAGAAAGCAGAAGAAAUAUAAAGCAUUGGCUGCAAGAACUAGAUGCUGUGUAUUUGCACCAUAAAUGCACACCAUGGUAUAUAUAAAUGAUAGUAAAUGCUAUAUAAUUUC